AAAGCCCGAGUUUGAUCCUCUUUUUGUGUUUCGCCAUUUUUGUUUACAUUCACUACAGAACGCGAUAAACGGAAGAAAAUCUGAGGGGGAAAUGAAACGUACAUUGAUGGUCGCUCGUGAUCUUCUCUAUUACAUGACAGCUGUAUAAAUAUAUUUUAAAUUUUCGGCUGGAUGUAAGUUAUCACCACGAUGUCUUCACUGACACGUCAUGAGAUGUCUCGUCUCGUCCUUGUCUCCGCAGCUCCGUGUGGCGUCAGUGUGAGGCGAUGGACUGUGCUGUUCCCGUCUCGGAGGUCGUCCCGAAAAACAUAACCAAAAUACCGGAGCUCGAGGCGCGGUUACGUUGGCGAGCCGCGAUAAGACGCACGAGAUGCUUGAUAAGAGACGGUUAUAAACUCACAGAGCGAGGAUGAAAACUGUCAACAGGCUGCGAUCAACGACCACAGCGAAGGAUUCAACACAACAGCAGUUCUGACGACUUUUAGCGGCGCUCUGUGUGUUCAGCCGUAUAGACUGUUCGUCCCAAUGGGUGUCUCACUGUCAGUUUGGCUGUCCGGCAGCCCUCCCUCCUCUUCAUCAGCUUUCCCUCCGCUGGCCGUCCCUACACCCUCUCGCCUCGCUGUCAUUCUCAGCUCCUCUCCUGUCGCCCCGGGAGACAUUCGCUCACACUGGAGCUCAGUCCACCGCUCUCCUCACUUUCUGCUGUCUGCCUGCAAACAGGAAGCGACACGUUCACCCGCUGAGCUGAGCAGCGACGGGGUGAGGGCGGAGAUGGGGGUGAAGAGUGGGCUUCAUGUCUGGGAGGUGCUGUGGAGCCCCGAGCACAGAGGGAGUCACGCCGUCGUGGGCAUUUCCAGGCAGAGCUGCCCUCUGCAGGCCUCGGGAUACAACGUGCUGGUAGGCGGAGACGCACAGUCCUGGGGCUGGGAACUCAAAACCAGUCAGCUGUGGCACGCUGGACAGAGGGUGAGACUUUACCCAGGAACGAGGGCGAGGUGCCACUCUGAGGCUACAGAGGAUUUAAGGACAAAGUUUUCCGCUUCAUCGCACACAAAGGUGGCACAGACACCUCUACCCAUCCCGGAGCGAGUCCUGCUGGUCUUGGACGCUGACGCAGGGACUCUGGGGUUCUUUGUUGAAGGCAGCUUCCUCGGCGUAGCUUUUAAAGACCUUCCUUGUGGAGUGGAGCUUUUCCCAGCGGUGAGCAGCGUGAGAGGAGGAGCCAGAAUACGACUACGAUACCUGAAUGGUGCCACACGUGACCCCCCUGCCCUGAUGGCUUUAUGUGGACUGUCGAUUCGUCAGUUUUUAGGGCAACAGCGGCAGAACCAAAUGGACAAACUGCCUCUACCCCCGUAUCUGCAGCACUACCUGCUCUCUACUCAAUAAUGUACACUUAUACUUGUGUGCACACACAAUAGGAAACAUUUUGUCACUUAAGUGUACCAAGAAUUUCUAGAAAGUGUCCUUUUUGCAUAAAAAUGAUGUACAUCCGUGUGACACUAUGGCAAGAAAAAUGUAUUGGUUAUUCAUCUUAUUUAUUAAAAUAUGUAAAUAGACUUAAACCUUAUAGUUAAAGGAGACU